GUGCUGCCAUGGAGGACUUCUCCACCCGGACUUACGGCACCAGCGGCCUGGACAACCGGCCUCUGUUCGGAGAGACGUCGGCUCGGGAUCGGAUCGUCAACGUGGCCGUGGGCGGCUUUACGUUCGUGGUGGUUCUGGUGACUGUGAUCGGAUCGUUUGUGUUCUCGAUGCCUCCGCGGCCGCUCAACGUCUUCUUUGCCGUCUGCAUCCUGUUAGCGUGUGGAUCUACAAUAGUGCUGAUCUUCUGGUACAGGCAAGGAGACCUGGAGCCCAAAUUCAGGAAGCUGAUCUACUACAUGCUGGCCACCAUCGUGCUGCUGUGUAUCUGUGCCAACCUGUACUUCUUCGACGUCAGGUAAAGACGGAGGAGGACGACGUUCGGCGAAGGAACAACGCGACCAAAAACUUUAACCUGCAGACGACGCUGGGACCGAAACUGAAAGAGAGCAACUGUUUCUAGGGGGAGGAAUUAUGCAAGCGCGCCCUAAAAUCAGCCUGCGGUUGAAAUUGAAGAUAAAUGGACUUGUUUACGUGCAAAUAAACAUUCACCUUGAAGGAUCUAAAAGGAUCAGUUGAUCCACUUCAAGGCAAAUUUCUUUAAAGUAGACAAUUAAAUAAACUUUUAGAUGAAGGAAGAUGAAAGAACAUCAAAGGCUAGAGGAGGAGUGAACAUCAAAGGCUAGAGGAGGAGUGAACAUCAAAGGCUAGAGGAGGAGUGAACAUCAAAGGCUAGAGGAGGAGUGAACAUCAAAGGCUAGAGGAGGAGUGAACAUCAAAGGCUAGAGGAGGAGCAGAGAAAAGGAGAAAAUCAGCGUUCUGAAGCAGAAAAAUCCAACAAAUGUUUUUCUUCCAGUUUCUGCUUCAAAACAUUCCUGUGUUGAAUUAGUUUCCUGCUUUUCCUUGUCGGAGUAGCUUUCACUGCCUGAUACGCACUUAAAGCUAUAAACAAAGAAUUAUUAUUAUUAAAAUGAUUUUAUACACAGAAACCUGCCGCUGAAUUAAACAUUGCACUAUUGAUCCUGACAUUUAU